UUGCCAACCUUCCUUCCCCUUGUUGUUUGCUUGCUGCAUGCAUUAUUAACCGAAGAGGUAGUAGAGGUAGAGGUAGCCCCAGAGUCCGCUCCUGAACCGGAGCCUGAGCCUGAGCAACAACCAGAGCCAGAACCAGAGCCAGAACCAGUGGCAGAACCAGAGCCAGAGCCAGAGCCAGAGCCAGAGCCAGAGCCAGAGCCAGAGCCAGAACCAGAGGUGCACGAGGAAGAGGCCUAUGAAGAGGAAGAGGAGAAGCCUAAGUUCAAACCAAGUGCAAAUAAGAUCCCUGAUGGGGAUAAGGUGGACUUUGAUGACAUCCAGAAAAAGCGUCAAAACAAGGAUCUUGUUGAGCUGCAGGCCCUGAUUGAUGCCCACUUUGAGGCCAGGAAGAAAGAAGAGGAGGAGCUUAUCGCUCUGAAAAAUAGAAUUGAAAAACGUAGAGCUGAGAGGGCAGAGCAGCACAGGAUCCGUUCUGAGAAAGACAAGGAGCGUCAGGCAAGACGUGAGGAAGAGAGGCUGAAGAGAGAGGAGGCUGAUGCUAAGAAGAGGGCAGACGAAGAUGCCAAGAAGAAGUCUGCCCUGUCCAGCAUGGGCUCCCAGUACAGCAGCUACCUGCAGAAGGCUGAUUCCAAGAGGGGAGGCAAGAAGCAAACUGAGAGAGAGAAGAAGAAGAAGAUUCUGGCAGACAGACGCAAGCCUCUGAACAUUGAUCAUCUGAAUGACGACAAGCUGAAGGAGAAGGCUAAAGAGCUGUGGGACUGGAUGUACUCCCUGGAGUCUGAGAAGUUUGACUACAUGGAGAAACUCAAGAGGCAGAAGUAUGAGGUUACUACCUUGCGUAAGAGAGUGGAGGAGCUCAGUAAAUACUCCAAGAAGGGCGCUGCUGCUCGCCGCAGAAAGUAAAGAUUUCAUGAAGAAAUCGACAUCCGUAGUCAAGACAUGCCUGUUGCCUGUAUCUCCAAACCCUGCACACAUUCUCCUGGCCUUUUUGACCCCACCCAUGACCACACCGUGCAUGGCAUCAACAUGGUUCAGUCUUAGCAGUAGUUGCAGUAGGCACCUCCCCUGUCUUAUGUUCUCACCUUCUGUUUUUGUAAAUAAUAUUUUGGCUCGCCAGCUUUGUCUGUUGCACUGCAACUGUCUGGCAGUUCAAUAAAAUUAUUCUUCAAGA